AACGCCCCUGGUUAAUCAAGAAGAUCAACUGGGCAGGCCUCAUUGGUUUGGACCAACUUGACCAAAUUCGAAUGUGCAAUUGAAUUCCUGCAAAUUAAUCCUGGUUCAACAACUCUUCACUUCUUCCGUUCUUCACCGUCAAAGUCUCAAAGAGCAGAGCGACAGAGCGAGAGCUAUGUACUCAUGGUUUCGUCGGACCCUCUCAAGAAGUAGCAGCAGCAACGACAACGAAAACACCCAGAAACUGGAAACUUCGAUUAAUUCCAAUAGAGAUGAAGAAUUUUAUGGGGUUACUCGUCAAUUGAUCGAAUUCAUCAAAUCCUUUAAUCUAGACACCUUCAAGAAUUUCUCAAUCCCAGAGGAGGAAAAUGGUGGAACCCAAACGACUUCAAGUGGAGUUAGGGUGGAUUUAUCGGAGUGGCAACAGCAGCAUGCUACCAUUAUUCUCUCAAAAGUCAAGGAAUUAUCACAACUAAGAUACAUGUUAUGCCCUCGUCACAUGAAGGAACGCCAAUUUUGGAGAAUAUAUUUCAGCCUUGUUAAAAGCUACGUGACAGAGUACGAGCUGCAGGCUAUACGGCUUGAUAAACUCAGAAAGAUAGCUACAGAGAAUGAGAAAGUCUCGGAUACAAAUGGAAUUGAACUCGAAAUGACAGAGGCAAAGCAGUCAAGCAGCUCAGCUCCUACUUGAGAAAAUCAUCAAACCAAGCAGUGGUUUGUCUCCUUAGAAAGGUACAAUUACCGCAAAAUCUCGUAUUUGUUUCUCAGAAGCAAUUCAAAGGGGGUAAAUUUUGAAGGAACCAGAUGAGCUGUUUCACCCAUGAAUGAAUUAAUGAUCAGAUGUAUGGGCCUAUCUUGUACCUGGUUUGUCACAUAUACAACACAGUGUAUCAUCCUCCCGUAAAAAAUGUUAUAUGUUCCCCCCUCUAUUCUUCGGGUUAUUGAGGAUAUGAGGUGGGGGAGGGUUGAUAAUGGAAAAUGUGUCAUUUAUUUGGCCUCCCCACUCUGUCCUGAAAAUGUAUCAUUAUGAAUCACUUGUUAACGCAGAUAAACACGGAGAUUUGCAGAUUGUUAUGACAUUAAAGACAAAAUAGUGCUAACUCUCUUCUCUUAGCUUAA